GUUUUUAAGGUAUCAUUUUUUAAUACUGAUUCUAAAGAUUAAAAUACGUGACACGUGUUUCGGCUUUCGUAUAUACAAAAAAUAACCUUGUAGAUUUGGUAAAGUACCUUUUUAAUUAAAAAGGGUUAUAAGGUUACAUCAAUACAAAACAUUUGUGUAGAUUAAACGGAGCUUAUCAACAAAUAGCAGUUUAUGGAAACCCCUGUUUCGUAUAACGACGCGCACUAAACGACCUUUGAAGCUAUUUAUUACAAUUUCUCGUUAGUCAGUCUCAUUCCCAGCGUUUUAGUGAAUCAACGCGAGUUGCAUCCUAUUACGAGCAGAGUUUAACCUCUAAUCCCAGAUAAUACGGUGCAAAGUGCAACAAUAACACCAAAUGUGCCUGAAAAAAAACAAAAUUGUAGAGAUAAACGAUCAAAACAUUGACAAUAAUAACAAAGCCAACAGUUUAAAGAGUGCAACAGUGCGAAACGGACGCUUCUUCGGAAAUAUGACGAAUUACAUAAAAUACAUUGUGUUUCUGUUGAUCAGUGUCAAAGCAGAGUUACGGAUAUACAUAUCCGACUCUCCGAUACAACGGAUAGGCGCCAGGAUUUAUAAGAAAGAACUGCUAACCGAUAAAUAUUCGAGCCCCAAAGAAUUGGCGUACGAUUCGUCCAGCAGAAAUCUCUUCUUCAUGUACAUGGAUGAUGUCAUACAAGACUCUGGAAGAGCUUAUGUGAAUGUAGUAACAAAACAGACAGGAAAAAUCAAAGGCAUCACUAAGAAUAAAGCGACAGCAGUCGACCUAGAUUCUGGUGAUGUGUACUUCGGAUCUGAAGAUGGCCUUUACAAGUAUGAUGCAAUUAAUAAAGAAGCUAACAGCAUUGGGCUAUAUAACUUAAAUAUAAUGAAACUUGUAGUGAAAAACAACGAAAUGUAUCUCCUAGAUGGGAAUGACCAUAUGAUUUACAAAGUCUUCAAUCAAGGGACGACCGCAGUUAAGAUUGGAGGUGUGACAACAGUGAUGGAGUUCGAUGUAGAUUAUCAAAGAAAUGUUCAUUUUGUGACCAUGUGUGGACUGUUUUGUGCGGUAAAGGGACAAGAAGUUGUUAAGAACACUGUUUUAUCAUUGGUUUAUAAUUUCAUUAUAGAUGAGGGGAAGACUUUUGGCUUGAACGAUGAGGGGCUACAUGAAAUUAAUUGUGUGAAUGGAACAGCUAGAAAGGUAGCUGAAUUGGAUUUUGUGCCUCGAAGCAUUGUUUUUGGUGAUUAUGGAGACAUAUUUUACGCAGUUGACGAUAGUAUCUAUAGGUUAAGGCCAGUACACUCUUAUCAAGUGUACAAGUUACAUCGAAAAACAACGUAGGUAACUGUGAUUUUAGUGCUAUUUAAAUUCAAAACAAAAGCUAAGCGGUGUUGCCCUUGUGGAAUGUGUAGUGUGAUUAUUGUAUCAGGGUUGUCAAGCGUCCGGAUCAACUAAACCUGGAAUUAUUUCUCCAAAUGGUUUUAAAUAAUAAACAGAAAUUUUUAAAACUAACGCAAACUUAACUCUAAAAAUAAA